AUGCCCAUCUGGAUUGAUCUUAAAGGUGUUCCGAGCCUUUUGUUCUCCCACAAAGCUCUGAAGUGUUUAAGUCGUGCAACAGGGAAGUUCGUUAAGCUGCAUCCUCAUACUGAGAAGUUCACUAGACUUGAUGUGGCACGAGUCCUGGUGGAGGUGAAUCUUAACAAACCGUUGGUGGAGAAAAUCAGUUGUUUGGAUAAGGAUAGUGCGACAGUGAUGAUUGAAGUGUAUUAUCCUUGGUUACCUCCAAAGUGCAGCAUAUGCAACGCUUGGGGGAACCAAGGCUCGAAUUGUAAGUCAAAGAGGAUAACAAUGUUACAAAAAGACAAAGAGGUAGAGGUUCCUAAGGAGGAUGCAGUGGUGGGUGAUGUGGUCAUUACUGGCGAUGGUAUAGUGAGAUAUGAUCUUAAAACUAAUCGAAACGUGGUUACUGAGCUACUUCAAGAGCUUGAGGGGUUACCACCUGCACUCGGAAGUAACGUGGUGGGUGACGUAUCUCAGGAGGCCUUUGAGAAGGGAAACACAUCACAUUCUGCUGGAUUGGAAGUAGCUACGCAGGAUUGGGCUCUGGUACGGAGGAUAGACCCUAAUCUGGUAGUAUCAGAGGUGCCAAAAGCUGUAGAAGGUCUUGAUGGAGCUCUGGGAAGGAAUGACGUUGUCAUCUCGCCUUCUAGGUUCAGUGUUCUUGCGUUGGAGGAGAUAGAGGAGGACGGUGCUAAUGAAGAAGAAGACUUGGAAGAAGGUGAGGUGGUUGCAGAUUUUCCGAUUGAAGAAACUAAGAUGAAAGAUCCUGCUAGGACUGGCCGGUUCCGCCCUGGUCCAAGUCUCAAAUUGAGCAAGCAGCUUCCUGCUCGCUCGAAAGACCUUAAAAUUCCCGAGACUAAUGAGCAAUUCAUUUGCUCGGCUGUGUAUUCAUCAAACUAUGAGGUGGAACGGAGAAGGUUAUGGGAGGAACUUCGAGGUACACAGGCAGCCUAUAGGCACCUCGAUAUGCCCUGGAUAGUGAUAGGAGAUUUCAAUGUCACUCUUACUUUUGGUGAGCAUUCACGUGGGGGAGCUCCUAGAUCUAGCCAGAUGGGUACGAGACAAUUCCAAGAAGUAGUGGGUGACAGCAAUCUUACUGAUCUUGCUUUUUCCGGUGCGAUUUUCACUUGGUGGAACAAAAGGGAUGAGGAUCCCAUUAGAAAGAAACUUGAUAGAGCUUUGAUUAAUAGUUCAUGGCUAAGGGCUUUUCCUCAAUCGUCUUCCUGGUUUGAGGGAGGAGGCAUCUCUGAUCACGCCAGGUGUGUAGUUCGUCUCUCAGGGAUUACUAAAGAGGCAAGGAAGCCCUUCAAGUUCUUUAAUUAUCUCACUGAGCACCAUGAGUUUCUCCCCACGGUCAAGAGAGUCUGGGAUGCAUCCCAACCAAUCCAUCACUCCGUACAGCCUUGA